UCGCGGCUUCAAGGAAGGGGUGCGUGCGCGUCGCCACAUUGUAUAGGUCCUCCCGAAGGGUGACGAGGUGCGUGGUGAGCUUGCGCGAUACGGGUGGCAUAGUGCUCCAACGCUGACGGCUUCGGGCAAGGAGUCAAUGGGGGCGCAGUGAGUCGAGGCGCCCUGAUCUGGCCUAAGAUAGGCAUCGUACAGGCCGUUGCGUCAUAGGCGCUGGGCGCUUAUAAGGUGGAUCUGCACUGCGCCAAGCUCAUUCACAAGUCGUGCAAACCACCUUGACGAACGGUACCCCACCGACUACCAUGUCAUUCGUACCCAACUCUGUCGAGCUACCAGCCCUGCCCAAGGCCGCGCACAGUCCUGCGGGGGAUCGCGUUAUAUCCAGGCAACCUACUCCCUCAAGCGGCAUGUCUGUCAGCGGUUCCUUUGCGAAAGCAGGCAGUCGCCAAUCCGGACAGGAGGGCGUCAUGAGGCAACGCGGAGGAUGCAUACCAUGCCCGGAUGGAUCUAUAUGCUACAUCAUCCCAAUACCCUGUUGCUGCUGUCCUUAGACGAUAUGCUUUCAAGCUGGUAUCAAGCUCGCCGUCUCGUACCCAUUAAUAUGUAUACCCAACCUAAUGAUGGCUGUGACUGUAGUUUUCUUUUUCGACUUUUCCUGC